GCUAGUGAUUUUCAUUGUUGCGUUAAUGGCGCCGAGUGGUGUUGUGUUUGUAUAAAAAAUCGGCGUCAGUGUCCGUGUUGUUUUAAAUAAAAACUAGUUUCUUAAUUAAUUUUAAGAUCAAAAGUGUGAAUUGAAGGUAAAACGAAACCGAAUUAUUUUAUCAAACAAGCGCCCCAUUUGGGUAUGGCAAUGACGUCUUCACAAGUAAAAGCACAACAAAAUAACAUGGCCGGUAGCGGGUGGCCCCGCAGAAACAGUCAAAAUUCCACCACCGCUGUGGCCCCCACGUCCACAUUCGAGAACAAAUAUUCAGUCACUUCCCCGGCAAUCAACAGGAUAAUCAAUUUGUAUCCUCUCACAAACUACAUCUUUGGCACAAAGGAGCCCCUUUUUGAAAAAGACCCCAGUGUCCCUGCCCGUUUUCAAAGAAUGCGCGAUGAAUUCGAAAGGAUAGGUAUGAGGAGGAGUGUCGAGGGGGUUUUGCUUGUUCACGAACAUGGGUUACCACAUGUUUUAUUGUUGCAAUUGGGGACGACGUUUUUUAAAUUGCCGGGGGGUGAAUUAAAUCCAGGGGAAGAUGAAGUGGAAGGCCUCAAAAGACUUCUAACAGAGACCCUCGGCAGAUUGGAUGGCGUGAAACAAGAUUGGCUAGUGGAAGACAUCAUUGGCAACUGGUGGAGGCCCAACUUUGAACCACCUCAGUAUCCAUAUAUUCCACCACAUAUAACGAAACCUAAGGAACAUAAGAGGCUUUUUUUGGUUCAACUACAAGAAAAGGCCCUUUUUGCCGUUCCGAAAAAUUACAAGUUGGUAGCCGCCCCUCUCUUUGAGCUUUAUGACAAUUCACAAGGGUAUGGGCCGAUAAUAUCGUCAUUACCACAAGCCCUGUGCAGAUUCCAGUUUAUUUAUAUGUAAACAGACGAAGAAUGUGAACUGCAAUAGAAAGUUAAGGAACAAAAAAUAAAAUUAGUGUUUCUUUUGUAUUUAUGCUAUUUACUUUUAAGGAUAGUGUUGCGAGUAAAAUUAAUUUAGUACAGUUUCAAUUUUGUUAUACAGUUUUAUUAAUUUACAGAAAGUAUGUUAUCGUCAUAUACAUAAAUAUAAGGAUGUCUUUCGACUA